AUGCCUCACGCUGAAUCGCCAAACCCGCCGUCUUCGCCGCCCGUCGAUGACACAGUCAUGGAAGAGGCUGUGUCUGGUGCUCUCGACGAACAAGCAGAAUCGCAGAAUGAGACGACCCAAUCAUCACCUGCACCUGCAGUCAACGACGCCGAGAAGGCAUCGCUGGAGGACAUGUUUGACGAUGACGAUAUGGACGAAGAUGAUGAAUUCUCGUCGAGUGCUCAGACUAAGACGCAGGCAUCAUCACAACCCGAGCCGAAAUCUGCAAACUCCAACGUCGGCAAAGACGCAGAAGUCUUACGCGCUUUCUACCAGAGACUCUUCCCUUUCAAAUAUCUGUUCCAGUGGCUGAAUCACUCCCCAACGACAACGACCGACUUCAGCAACCGUGAAUUGGCCUUUGUCUUGCCUAACGAUGCUUACAUCCGUUAUCAAUCAUUCAACUCGGCCGAAGAAUUGCGGAAGCAGUGUAUACAACUCACUCCCACUCGUUUCGAGAUUGGUCCCGUAUACUCCGCAAAUCCUCGCGACAGAAAGACGCUACGCAAUGCAAGUGCCUUCCGACCCUUGGCCAAAGAACUUGUUUUCGAUAUCGAUAUGACCGAUUACGACGAGAUAAGAACGUGUUGUUCUGGAGCCAGCAUCUGUCAAAAGUGCUGGCAGUUUAUAACCAUGGCCAUCAAGGUUAUAGACAAGGCCCUGAGAGAUGAUUUUGGUUUCAAGCACAUCAUGUGGGUUUACUCUGGUAGACGUGGUGCUCACGCCUGGAUCAGUGACAAGCGAGCAAGAGAAAUGGAUGACAGCAAGCGCAAGUCAAUCGCCGGCUACCUCGAACUGUUGAAGGGAGGUGACAAGACUGGUAAAAAGGUGAAUCUGAGAAGACCGUUACACCCACAUAUCGACCGCAGCUUGAAAAUCCUGAAUGGCUACUUCCAGACUGAUGUGCUGCUGGAGCAGGACCCCUGGGCCACCCCUGACAAAGCAGCACACUUGCUGCAACUCCUACCGGAUAAGAGUCUUACAGCGGCAUUGCAAAGGAAAUGGGACAGCACGCCACAACGCAGCAGUACGCAGAAAUGGGCAGAUAUUGAUGCUGUCGCUUCCGUGUCCGGCUCUCUUUCUAGUCUAACACCCGAGACGCUCGUACACGCCAAACAGGACAUCCGUCUCGAGUACACAUAUCCACGGCUCGAUGCUGAAGUUUCGAAGAAACUCAACCAUUUACUCAAGAGUCCGUUUGUCAUUCAUCCAGGCACAGGGAGAGUUUGUGUUCCCAUCGAUGUUCGGCGAGUCGAGGAAUUCGAACCCGAGAAGGUGCCAACUGUGCAACAAUUGUUGUCCGAGAUUGAUUCAUGGCAAGGCACCGACGACAAAAUCCAAGACUGGCAAAAGACGAGCCUCAAGGCAUACAUUGAGCUAUUUAGGGAUCACGUAAACGCGGUGAUGAAGGAAGAACGAGCGGCUGAGAAGCGAGGGCGCGAGGAAAGCGGGGAGGGAGUAGAUUUCUAG